AAAUUGUUGCUCUUAUAUUGACAAAAGUGCUUUUCAAAUUAAUUUCCCAAACACAAACAGUUAAUCUUCAAAAGUACUUGGCCAUACAUGCUAUAACACUGGCAUUAGGGUGUUCACAUUUUUAAAUGUUUGUUUUGAGUUUUAUGUCUGUUUAGGAGCAUCUUCUGAAGUUAGGGUUUUUAUAGCAGUUAUAGUAGAAAAUCAGGGGUCAUAGUAUUCUGUAAUUAGUUAUGUGCAUACUAUGUAUUCAAACAUCAUCAUCAUUGUAAGCUCAUGUAUAUUAGCUGGUUCAUUGGUUCCGGUAUUUCGAGUAGGAAAAAAGGAGCUAGUGAUUCUGUAAAUGAAGAUAGCACUAAACAGGUGCAAAGGAAAACCAAAUGGGGCCCUGAUCUCACACAGGAUACUACUGUCAGGAAAGCAAGAGCAUUGGCAUAUCAGAGACGUGUGGAUCAAAUAACACAACUACUGAGUUCUAGGAGUUUGGAGGGAGAAGGCAGCAAAGACUCAUUAUUAGCCUCUCCUGCUAAAGAUCACGAGUCUUCAGAUCAUCAACCUACUGAUGAGUGUGAGAUCACUGGAACUCGAAAGACAGGAAAUCAUUGGUGUGUUGUGAUUGAUCCCUCGAGUCACUCACUUUUACUCUUCCAUUAUCAAACACACAAUACAUCUUAUCUGAUUUUAUUCAUGUCCAUGGAGAUUCUAAAACUGAAUCCCAGUUAUAAGCCACCUGCUGGUUAUAAGCCUGUACCAAAGGAGGCAAAAAUUCCAGUACCUGUAAGUUUAACCCAGUUUUCUGGAACUUUGUGCUCCUUCUCUUUUUUUCUUGUUCCAAUAGUUCUCCCAUUGGGUUCUGUGAGUAAAUUGACGUGUGUUUUAAUCUGUCCCCAGGUAGAAGUUACUUCUGGUGAAACUGACUCUGGUGCUUAUGAGGAAAUGCAUGUCCAAGUAUCAGCUGAGACAUAUGAAAAGGUUGAUGCUGCAGUUGCUUUAAUUGAACUUCUGGUUACCCCAGCUUCAAUGACUCCUGCGCCACAACCACAAAAGCGUCAGGUGAUGGAGAAACUAUUUCCGUUGAAGCAACACCUGGCCUGACUCCUCC